AUGCGCUUCCAAUCCAUCGCCCUCGCUUUUGCUCUCACCAGCGCCGUCAUCGCUCUUCCCGACCGCGACGACCGUGACGACCGUGACGACCGCGAUGACAUCAGGGACGGCGACCGCAACAACAACGGUGUUCCCGAUGUUGGCGACGUCGACUACGACGAUAUUCCCCUGGCAUGCCGCGAUACUUGCAACCCUGUCGUUAUCCUAACGCAUAACUGCGACAACAACACUCGUGGAAACGACAACGACGCUGCUGAACUUAGCUGCAUCUGCAACGACCAGAACGCCGCCACUGCUGUUCCCGCUUGUGCAGCUUGCAUUAACUCGAAUGGAGGAUUCCUUGGUCGCAAAGACGACGUCAACGAAAUCAUCCGCGCCUGCAACUUCUCCGUGCCCACACCCAGUGGAGCCAGGCCCAACGGCGCCCCUGCUCCCACCGGCGCAGGCGGUCAAGGCGGCCAGGGUGGUGGUCAAGGCGGCCAGAACGGCGGCGGAAACGGUCAGGGUGGCCAGGGUGGAGGUAACGGCGGCCAGGGCCAGGGUGGCCAGGGUGGUGGUCAAGGCGGUCAGAACGGAAACGGCCAGAACUUUGGCGCUGGAGCCGUGCAGAACACUGGGCGACCAAACGCUGCUUCUGGAAACAAGAUCGCUGGGUCUAUGCUUGUGGGCGUUGUUGGCAUUGCUGGGUUGGCGUUUUUCUUGUAG